AUGGAGACAAACACUGUGUUCUUCGUCUUCAUCGUUCGUGUUCUCUUUCUUUCCAACUGGACGUACGGAGAGAGGCACCUGUCGGCCAAGAUCGCAGAGAAUGCCGACAUUGGACAGCAAGUUUUCCGCGUUCUACCGACCACACCGAGAUCCAAUGAGGAAGUUCCGUGUGAUAUCAUAGACGGAAACGUCCACGGGCGCUUCAGUGUGACUCACUUCUGUGUGAUUGUAGUAGCCCGUCCUUUAGACUUUAGUAUAAACCAAAGAUAUAACCUGACUGUAAACGUCCCUGGGACAACUGAGACCCGGUUGAUUGACAUACAAGUCGAGGACGUGGACGGAUAUCCUCCUAUCUACAACGACACCUGCGAAAUGCCAGUCCUAGGAAAAGACAUAUCCUCCGGGCAUGUUGCCUUUAACGCGUCACUGCGUGCAGAACUGGAAACUGAGAUCCAGCCAGUCGGGUGUCCGCCGAACAAAUACGGUUUGGCCUGUGAUCAGAACUGCACUUGUGAGAAUGACGCCCGCUGCCAUGGAUUGAACGGUGCCUGUAAGUGUCAGCCUGGGUGGAAAGGUGUCGUCUGUGACAUACCUCACAGUACCGUUGCCAUCAUCGCGACUCCUAGCGACUCAAGACAGGUUUACAUCAAGAGUUCGUUGACAUUACACUGCAAGUCUUUCCAUCUGGCUGUUGUGAAGAUGGUUUGGACAUUUCCUAAUGGUACAAGAAGGAGGCUACUUGGCACUCAAGAAGACCAAAUCAGGAUCGAAAGCAUCCAAUCCGAACACAACGGUACCUACACCUGUACUGGUAUUACUGAAGACAAAACGGAAGUUACCGCCUAUUACGAGGUACAAGCAGUCACUUGUCCUCCCGGCAAAAGAGGCAAAUUGUGCGAAGAGGACUGCAACUGUCUACACGGUACCAGCUGUGACCGGUGGGCCGGCUGUGUCUGUCUGUCGGGAUGGACAGGAAAACUUUGUGAGACCAAAUGCCCAGACGGCACGUACGGACGGGGCUGCAGCGGUGAGUGUUCAUGUCAGAAUGGUGCCGUCUGCGAUCCUAGCGACGGUCAGUGUAACUGCACCGAGGGGUGGUAUGGCAUGCAUUGUACCCGUCCAUGUUUAAGUGGUCGGUACGGGUGGAGAUGUCGGCAGGCCUGUGAUUGUAAGAACAACGCCACAUGCCAUCACGUAGAUGGGAGCUGCACAUGCGCGCCGCCCUGGACCGGACAUCGAUGUGACGUCAUCCAACCCGAAACAUCUCCGCUGCCACUACAGAUCUCCAUAUCACUUUCAUUGACGCUGCUUUGUGUCUUGUCAGCAUUGGUGGCGUUUUACAAAUGGAGGACGGGCACUCGGAUGAGACGAGACGAAGACCAAGAAGAGACACAGGUGUUACUCGAACUUAAAAGUAUGGAAGAAAACCUCGCACAGAGUCUACAGCCCGGCUGGCUCGAACGGUGGGAGAGGAAGGCAAAGGAUCUGACUCUGGGCGAUCUGAUUGGUCAGGGUGCAUUUUCGCACAUCAGAGAAGGGCGUUUGCGCACCGCUAACGCUGACGUCACAGUUGUGGCGGUCAAGUCCGUCCGUUCGAAGGACAGACUGUGCUAUCGAGCUUUCUAUCGCGAAGCAGCAAUGUUGGUUGCUUUUGACGAAAACUGCAAAGAACACAACCCUGAUGGGCAUCCUAACAUUAUCAAGUUGUUUGGUGUCAUCACUAAAUCCACACCAAAGUGUAUUCUCUUGGAAUAUGCUGCCAAAGGUGAUCUGCUGCAACUUUUGAAACAGCAGAAUACAGAUAAUGUUGCUCGUCUACUGGGUAGCUUUCUCCGCUACGCAGUCCACACAUCACGUGGUCUGAAGGAGCUCCGACGUCUGCGCAUCGCUCACGGUGACGUGGCCGCUCGAAACGUCCUCAUCAGUGGAGACGACGUCGCCAAGCUGUCUGACUUCGGUCUGGCCCAUGACGUGUACACCACAACCACCUACAUCUCCUCAGGUAAGAACGACGCGGAGGAACUCCUCCCUCUGAAGUGGAUGGCUCUGGAGUCGCUGGAGACUCGCAAGUUCACGUGCGAGAGCGACACGUGGUCGUUCGGCGUGCUGCUGUGGGAGAUGGCCGCGUUCGGGGAGGAGCCCGACUAUCAGCACGAGAUCCGACUGAGUUGUCCCAGGUUGGUCGGGAUCCUGAGACAGGGAUAUCGUCUGCAGAACCCACCCGGAUGUCCGGACAGACUGUAUGACGUCAUGAAGUCGUGUUGGCAGGAGGACCCGUCAGCCAGACCAGAGCCGGUAGACCUUGAGCAGAAGCUGACAGACUGUCUUGAAGAAAUAGAUCCACUGUUCAUCCUCGAGAAGGUGACUACACUUUAGAAAUCGAACCAUCUUUUAGCAAACUGAAAAUGUGAAGGUUACAGUCACUAUUUCAUAAGACUUUUCGCUCGUCUCGUUUGAAUUAGGUAUACAAUAUUCUUCUAGACCACCGUACCCAUAAAUGCCAAUUAUAAGACAUUUACCAUGAUACAAACUAUUUUAAAUUCAAUGUAUUUUUGCUAAAAUACAAAUAUAGUAUCUUUGGUCAAGACAAGUAGAUAUUCUGGUUGAAAAGUUGUCAGUGAUAUAGUCUAGUUAUUCUUCGAUAGUUUUUUUUACAUCUACUGCGAUAUGCAAAGUAUAUUACACUGUAUCUGAUAUGUAGUGGCAUUUCCUUGGUCAUGUCUGUAACGAUUUAUAAACUCUUUUUUCUUGCCACAAUCAAGCUUUAAGUAGCCUGACUGUUUACGAUGAUGAAUCGCAAUUACCUUAAAAGGUUGAGGUUUAGACUUACUGAUGUCUUUCUUUCAUUCUUCAUCUUCAUCAAUAUAACAGUUAAGUGAAUUAGUUGUGGUUAUAUAACGUUAUAUAUUAUCAAGUGAUACCAAGAGAUACAAAAUGCAGCGAAACCAGUCUUAUUUUAUUUAUUUAUUGGUGUGAUGUUUACUGACAUUUUAUUAAAUAUAA